AAACAGUAAAACCUAACAUGGAGGCUAUUCAUGAAUUGAGCAAACGCAUCGUUAAAAUACCAAAUACAAAUGAAAAGGUUUAUAAAGACGAAUGUGCAUUUUCAUUCGAUAAUCCAGUGAGUAUUUACUUCCCCAGUUCUUUCAUAAUAUGUUAAUAAAACUAUACUAUUCCAUAUCUUUAUCAUGGUAAUUCAAUUAAUCCCGAACCGGUUAUGAAAUUUGAAAGUGAAACUGAAGAAAAGAAAGCGAAACAAUUUUAGGCCUUGACUUACUUUUUAUUUUAAAGACAUUACAAAAUAACCUAACAAUACAAUCUAGCCGUACUAUAUUAAUCAGUUUACUAAUUUAAAAAUUAUCCUCAUAUGACCAGGCUUUAUUAAGUAAAAUGAAUAAGACUGGUUUUAAAUGAUGGGUCAAUCAAUUUUCAAUAAUUAGUCAAUAAUAGUAGUAGCAAUCAAAAUCAAUCAUUUACACCAGCGUUCUCCAAACGGUGCAAGCCUUACGUUACGGGUCUGGAGAGCAUGAAUAUUGAUGUGUAAAUAGAAAGAAAAUGUAAUUAGUAAAUCUGGCACCAGUCUCUGGUGCAGUUUCGAAACUUGUCCACCGGUCCAUGAAACUUAAAAGUUUGGGAAACGCUGAAUUACGCUAUUACUAUUACUAUUAGGCAUUAGGUCCUAAUUAAUAAUAUAAUUUUAUUUUAUGACAGACAUACUUAAUUAGUCUAUUAGUAUUAUUAAUUAAAUAAUUAUUGAAUAAUUACUUAGACAAUACAGACUAUGACAAUGUCCACUGAGCCACUGUCUCACUGAGGCCAUAAACAUACCCCUACCUACCUCCCUUAUAUUUGUUAAGUUUUACCCAAGCUUAUUUGUAUAUGUAUAAAUGAUAGCAUAUUUAGUCAGAACAUUAAAUAAUACCACAGUGCCAUAUCAUAAUAUGAAAAGUGUUACUUUUAUAAAUAUUUGAAUUUGAACAUUUGCAAGUAAAGUUGUUUAUCUUUAUCCAAUGACACCAUGUCAACAACUUUGAAUUUUAAAGGAGAAUAACAUAAAUUUUAUUCUUUUAAUAUUAAUAUGAUUUCCAGAAUAACUUAAUUUCUUUCAUUUAACAGAUAAAUGAAGAGAUGGAUACAAUCCAUGAUCCAGUCCAAGUCAAACUCAAAAUUAUUCUUUUUUUUUUAAUUCAACAACUGUAUUCUCUUCUACAGGAAAGUCCAGAUGGCCUUUAUAUCUGUAUGAAUUCCUUCCUUGGAGUUGGUAAGAGAUAUCUCCUGCAAUUCUUUGAGAAAACAGGCAAUGGAGUCUUUUUACAAAUCAGGAGGUUUAGAAAAGAGGUCUGUUUCAUUCUUUUAAAUAGUUACACUUCUUUGCUAUUUUACAAAAUAAUAGGUUAAGGUUAUAGACCUUAUUCAAAUUGGUCUUCUUCUAAUUGAUUUAAUACUGACCUAUUAAUACAUCUAUGAGACCCGCUUCGACAUCUUCUAACCGUCCACCUUGCUCCAUGUCAUUUAAAUUUAUUAAAAAAUUCAAUGAUGAAGCUGCAUUUGAAUGUAAGUAAGGUAAAUUAAAUUUUAAAAUUGUUCUUCUGAUAAAACCAUGAAGUUAUGUGCAGUCAGUCAUGUAGCUGAGAUUAGUGCGCCCCCCCCCCCCCCCUCCCCCGGGUGGGCCAAGAUUUUGCCAUCCCCUACCCAACAAAAACUAUUUUCUUGCGAAAAAAGGAAAAAAGCUGCCCCUCAAUAUAUAUAGAAAACAAUGUCACCCAGAGCCCCCCCACCCCGUCUUUGCCCCAACCUUCCUACGCCAUUGGUUAUUUGUCAGACUUGCAUUGUUGACUUUACUCAUUAAGAUUCUUUGGAUAGGCUAUUCUUCAAAUGAGACUUGCUCAACAAACUAAAACUGCAAACAUUUCUAGAGUCAUAAUGAACAUUUCUACUAAAAGUCUUCUACAGCAGACAAAGAGGGACAUAAAUAAAAAAUUAGCUGAUGGAAGUCCACAGAAUUCAACAUAUUAAACAUUUCUAAGCUAAAUUACUUUCCUUUUUCUCUACCAUUAAAUAGCCCAUAUUCUUUGCAAGGGCUAUAGGAACUGUUCUUAUUUUUUUUCCAAGUCAAGCUUUAGAACAUUGUUUAAAUAUCUCAUUUGAUAAUUAUAUUGAAUCCUUUUGUUAUUGAUCAUGUACUAAAACACUUUAAAGGGGAUCAAGAGCUAAUUAUCUUUAUAUUCUUUUUGAUGUGUAAGCAAUAUAUGUAAUGAUAUUUAGGCCCAUGAGUUGUUAGUUAAAUAAGACCUGAAUAAAUUAGCUUAAUUUAAUACAAUUAGUGAACUACUUAAAGGCCUUAUGAUAAUUUUUGUUUGGGGAUUUCAUAGAUUCCUAAAGAUGAAACAAGUACUGCAGAUAAGCCAACAAAGCUUGCCAUUGGUAAGCAAAUUAUAAAGUUUUCAACUUAGUAAUCAACUUAUGAUUAUUAAAUGCUUUAGUAAGAAAUUGAAUAAUUAUUUAUUAAUCAGCAGAUAAAAUGAAUUUUUUUAAACAAUUAUUUCAUAAGUAUAGGGAUAACUAAUAUUACAUCAGCAUCACCAGGCUUGUAAUUUUAUUUAAUAUUUUAUUUUAGAUUUACUUUUGUCAACUUAAACAAAACAGCACCAUUGCAAGUUGUUGUAAAUUAUAUAAUGACAAAAACGUUAUUGUUAAGUUUUAAGAUAUAUAUACAAGUGAUUACCAAAUUACUUCUAUUUUCUAUUUCUAAGGAGUGGAAGGAGGUUUUCAGACUGACGACAAGAGGUUCGAGUUUGAAGAACAUGUUGCCAUUGUUAUUCUGCCUCAGUGGUACCAAAUACCUUUCCCACAUGAGAAUAUUCCACAGCAGGUAUUAAGAUGAACAAUUUUUGUAUGAUCUGCGUUCAUAGUCUAAUUUUUACGAACUAGGUUUGAAUUAAGCUAUGGAUGUUAAGCAACUAUGAAAUUAGUCUUUGUAAAUAACUUAACAAGAUCCUGCUACACCAGGAUCGGACAGUUUAUAAAAAUACUUGAUGUAGCCUUGGCAUCCUGCUUGGAAGAAAAAUUGUCUUUAACCAUUGUUAAUACACUAAAACAGUCCUUACAAACGUUUCAAUGGCUUUAAAAAGAAAAUCUUUAUGAACUAUUAUACUUUCAACAGGUCCAACAGUCUGCCACCAUGAUCAUGAUGGCUGAGGAUGCAGCCAAACAGGAAGAGGCAGCAGCGAUGGCUGGCACUUGGGAAGGAGAAAAGCUUAGGGUAUCCAAGUAAGUCCAUGUUAAAUGUGUAAUGGAACUUUAAAAAGGUCUUUCAUUGAAUACUAAAAUUUGAUGGUCAUUUGCUGUUGUUUUGCAUUGCCUGUCUAGAAAAAGAUCUUUAAAAAAAGUCCUAUUCUUUGAAGACCACAGUCUUGUUUUAGUUCAGAAGUGAUUGGGCUUUAGAAAGCAAUUCUAGUAACAUGUUAAAAGAACAUUAAGAUCAUGUCUGGAUUUAUUUUAAGGAGGUUAUUAUUGAGGUGAGUCGUUCAUUUGUAAACUCUUAGUCUUAUACAAUAGUUGGCUCCAAUCCCUAUCAAAGAUCUAUGCUAGGUAGUUUUUGGUGUUGUUUGAUAUUUUAGAAAAACUGCUUAUACAUAAAAUAAAUUGGACAUGACAGUAUUUUAGCCACAAAAAAGGCAAAAUCAAAAUAAAGAGCUCUAAAAUCCAACUGGAGAUAUCUACUUUCAAAAUAUAACACUAUAUCUUUCAAAAAAAACAAAACAAAAAAACCUCCUGUCAGGUAUGCUGAAAACUUAGUCCAACUAAAGACUGAAAAGAAAAUCCCACCAUCGGGUUGGAAAUGUGAGAGGUGUGAGCUGACUACCAACCUCUGGUUGAACCUAACAGAUGGUUCCAUUCUUUGUGGAAGAAGAUUCUUUGACGGAUCAGGGGGCAAUAACCAUGCUGUUGAGCACUACCAGCAAGUCAAGCAUCCAUUGGCGGUGAAGCUGGGAACAAUCACUGCUACUAGUGGAGGUAGAGGUUUCGUGUCUGAUGUUUAUGAUACAGUUCAUUAAUGGGAUUUGACAUUUCUGAAGAAAAAAUAUUUGUCAAAGUGCUUUGGAAUAAUAUUCUUGUAUCUCAGUCUCAUCUUUAAAAUUAUUUAGAGAAAGACCACUGCCAUUUACUUGUUUUAUGUAAAUACCACGAAGUUCAAAAUAAAUUUAAAAAAAAAUAAAUCAAACUAAAUAAAUCAAUCAAUAUCAUUGUUUAUGUGUUCCCAUCUGUGUAAUUAAAAUAAAAGAGUGUUGUAUGCCCCUUUGACUCAUGUUGAAAGUGUCUAUAAUGAUUGUUUUCCUAUCUUUCGUAUCUCUCAGAUGUGUAUUCAUACGUUGAAGAUGAUAUGGUGGAGGACCCAUACCUGGCCAAGCAUUUGGCUCAUUUCGGUAUCAAUGUGGCAGCAUUGGAAAAGGUAAAUAUAUUUAUUCACUGAAGCUUGGAAUGCAGUGAAGAGUGCUUCUUCCUCUCCAUACUCUGAAACUUUGUUUUUUGUGAGAAAUUUAAAAGAUAAAAAAAGUAAAUUUCACUGCGUUUUUUUUUUUUUUUUUUUUUGAAACAUUUUGUUACAGACCUUUUUUUUUUUUUUUGUGAAACAUUUUGUUACAGACCUAACAGUAGAGCAAUGCCAAUAUAACUAUGUUUCAAUUUUAGACUGACAAAACCAUGACAGAACUGGAGAUAGACAUCAAUCAGAGGAUUGGAGAGUGGGAUGUGAUUCAAGAGGCAGGCAGCCAGCUGAGGCCUCUCUUUGGGCCAGGAUAUACAGGCAUGCGUAACCUCGGCAACAGCUGCUAUAUGAACUCUGUGAUGCAAGUCCUGUUUAGCAUACCUGACUUUCAGAGGAGGUAAGUCAGGCACGGCUUUCUUGGGCAUGGCAUACAUCUUUCAGAUCUUGCUUAGUUAAUCAGCCAUGAAUGAUCAUACAGUCACAGACCUGUUUUAUGAUUUUGGCAUACAGUUUACAAUUUUGAGAGGUCUUUUAUGAUUGUACUCCAAGACCUGUCAGACCUACGAUUUAAGUGACAAUGCGUGUGGUUAAUGUAUACAUUAUAUAUACUAUAUGUUUAUUUAUUUACUAAUGAGUUACUGUAUUGUACGAUUUUGAGACGAUAUUGUACUAUUUUAGUGCGAUGGUAACCAGAUCUGCAGAAAUAUAUUUUUAUUAAAAAAUAUUUACGUCUAAAAAAAUUGAAGGGUGAUAUAUAAACAAAUAAUUUUCUGAAAUUCCAUCAUUUUCAACGAUAUCACAUUUAAAAAAUGUGCCCAACAUUGACAGAACAAAUUGUAUGUUGGGAUUAACAAAUGUCUUUUUUUCUUGUUUGGAGGCUAUUAAAGGAAAAAAAAUAAUACUAACAAUGUUUGGAUGUGGAAGAAAUUUGUACUUUAAUUUUUUUCUUGUUUAAAAUUUUCAAUUGUUAAAUCCUCAGGUACUUUAGCAACCUAGACCAGUUAGUUCAAAAUGCACCAAACAAUCCUACCCAAGAUUUCAACACACAAAUGUAAGUAUCUCAACAGAGUCAAUUUUAAGUAAGUUGUGUGUUUUUGUUAAGUUUAAACUAUGUAGCACUUUAUUGUGAAGAUCAGCUCCAUUUGUGUGUUGUUUUUUGUUUUAUGGUUUUUAAAUUGAUUUUCUUGAUACUUUGUACAUGUAUUACUUUUAUAUACAUUCAAGGAAGAAGUUAGCUUUUGGCUUGCUCUCAGGAGAAUAUUCCAAGAAAAUGUAAGUGUUAUCUGCACUUUAAAUUUUCUUAUGCUCUCAUAGUUAUUUAGUAAAAACUAAAUGACAAUAAUUUAUCCAGUUGGAAUGGCCUUUUGGGGGGGGGGGUGGGGAAUUUGUCGCACAUGGAGUAGUGCAAACCAUUUCCAGUUUUAGCAUUUAAACAAUCAACUGAUAUCAGAAAAAUAGGUAGUUUUUUCUUGGUACAAUAUUUACCAUGGUCUCCUCCCUUAAAUUUAAAAAUGAUGCAUUCUAUUUUAAUAAGAAAUACACAAAGGUAGAGGAAAACCUCAGGAAGGACAAUAACAGAAACUGAACGCAAUUGUAUAUUUCUUAUCGCUUCAACCACGUAUUUCUGAUAUCAAGUAUUUUAAGCUUUGUAGAGUUAAGAGCUAUAAUGAGACCUCAAUGUUUCCCACCUUUUUUGUCUCUACCAAUGAAGAGAGCCAGACAUAGAGCAGUCGCAGCAGCCUGGAGUCCCCAAGUACCAUCCUGUAAGUAAUUAUUUUCAAGUUUGUUGAGUAAAUGAAAUAAUUCAUUUUGUUUGAUUCUAUCAAAGUUUGAGAUGAUUUCAGCUUGCGCUCUGUUGAUAAAUAUUUUUUUUAAAAAUUGAACCCAUUUGAAACUGGAUCAUUAAUAAUUAAGAAAUCAUUUAUUAUAAACAUUAUUUGAAUCUCUUUUUUUCUAAAAUAGUCUACAAAAAUAAAAUGACUUGCAUAUAUUUUGUUUCAUUUGAGUACUGGGUAAAUUAUGUUUAGGCUCAGACAUUUUGUGUAAUGAAGAUAAAAUACUCCCUCGUAGAAUUUAAUAAACAAUGCAAAUAUAAAUUCUACCAGGAAGUAUUUUAUAAAACAGUGGUUAAUUAAUAAAUAAUAAUAAUAGCUGGUGGUCUGGAGUCCAAUCCCCACCAAAGCCAACAUCCCAAGCACCCUGGGUGGAUGGGACUCGUUAGCCUUGGACGGGAACCCAUCUAAGAGAUGGCAAACUCUGAAUUCAAACCAGGAGCCAGAAGAAUCAAUAAAUUGAUCAUGGGUCCUCUAAUAUAAGAAGAAGAAAAUAAAUAUACAAUUAAUCACUAUUUUUAAAUAAUGGGAUACCAUAAAUUUAUGUUGAUAUUGUAUGAUCAUUUUCAUCCUUUUUGUUUAGCCUCCAUCUGGGAUUCGGCCACAAAUGUUCAAGAAUUUAGUUGGUAAAGGCCAUGCUGAAUUCUCUACUAAAAAACAACAGGAUGCCCAGGAAUAUUUUCUGCAUGUCAUUUCUAUAAUUGAGGUUGGUUAAUCAAAAACAUGAUCAUUUUUUUUUUUUUUUAUAAUGCACAUUGAAAAGUCUAUAAUUAUGGAGUCAUGCCCACUCUAGAAACAACCAGUGAAUCUUACUUGUUGAAAAUCUGGGUCCUUCUUAAGAAUCUGGCAUGUUUCAAGAAUUUUAUCUACAAAACUAAAUUCAUGCAAUAAAGAAAAUAUAAACAUUAAAAAGAUUCCAUUAUUUCUUUCAUCAUAGAAAAACAGCAGGGGUAGUGUUAAUCCUUGUGAGUGUUUUCGGUUUGAAGUUGAAGAGAGGGUUAUGUGUACAGCUUCAAAGAAGGUUCGCUACUCUCGACGUGAAGAUUACUGUCUGUCUUUACCUGUGCAGAUGGAUGCAGCCAUUAAUAAAGGUAACUUCCCUAUAAUACCUUGCUUGUGUUUGAUCAAUUAUCUUAAUGUUAUGAAAGUUACCUAUUUUUAAACGAUAAAUGAAGUUAAAAAAAAAAGAUAAUAAAAUAAUUUGAAGAUGUCCAUGUUAUACACAAAUGAACAGUGGGCAGCCAAUUAAAAGACACAUACUUAAGAUGUUCUAAACCACACAUUCUGAUUUCAGAUGAAGUUCGAAAGUACAAUGAAGAAAAAUCAAAGUCAGGAACAUCCACGGUGCUUGUGUGAGUAGUGGUUUCAUGAAGUUAGAUAUGUGACCUUUCUUUUAACAGUAACAGGUCUUGUUAGAGGCACCUUAUUCUUGGGAUCUUAUUGAGCAUUCUUAUCAUCUCAUAGAGGUGACGUUCUGGACAAGUUUUGUUCUAAAUAUUUUUUUGAAAAUUAUAUGGUCUCUUUAGUGUAUACAAAAUGUAAAUUUCAUGUGAUAGUUUAGUAGUGGUAAACUGUGCCAGUGAAUCUUUUGAAAAACCAAAUUGCUUGCGUUCUAUAAUAGUCGUCUUACACAGGCUGUUUUACCUAUGAAGAAGUUAAGUUGGCAAAUAACUAUUCUUUAAAGAAGAAAUACUUCAUGAUCCACACCUAAUCUUCUAGUUCAAAUGUUAACUCCCCAGAGAUCCAAAAACUAUUGUCCGUCCUAUCAUUCCCUUAUGGGAAUGUUUAAAAGCCUUUCAGGAAGCAGAGCUUGUGGAGGAGUUUUAUAGUUCUGCUAUACAAGGAAAAACGCUUGCACAAAAGUAAGUGGACGCAAAGAUACUUAACUAUUUUUAUCUAAAAAUGUACACUUAUUUUGGUGUAAAUAAAAAUGUAAUCAUGCUUAAAAAAAUAACCAGAAAUUUUUUUAAACAGGGAAUGUGUACAUUUAUCUAGCAAUACUGCCAGAGUAAAAUGGAGUAAAAAGAGAUACAGGUGUUCUUUCACAACUAAAAAUUAAAAUGUACCAGUAAAGCUUUGUUGAAUUCUUUCUUUCUUUUUUCUACAGAACCACUCGUCUGUCUUCAUUCCCUGAUUACCUGAUGGUGCAGCUAAGAAAGUUCACAAUCGGUGAUGACUGGGUUCCUAGAAAAUUGGGUAAACAUUAUUUCCUGAUUAGUUUCUGAGUAGCAAAAAUGUAUGUGUCUUUAUCUUUUCCUACUUGCUCUGGAUAUUUUCUGCAGGGGUUGAAUUUUAACACACGCUUGAGACUUAUGAAAGGGUGGUGGUAAGCAUAAAGUUGACAAGCGGUUUUAUGAGAGAUCAAGCUUGAUGAAAAAUAUGCGAUAAUGUUAGACAAGUUGUUAAUGUUUUUGUUGCUGCUUCCCCCCCACCCCCCCCCCCCCCUAUCUCUCUCCUAAUACAGACACAUAACUUUGUUGUGAUGUUGAAAUGCUUUUCUUCCCAGAUGUGUCUAUUCAAGUCCCUGAUGAACUUGAUCUGUUUCAGCUUAGGGGAUUUGGUCUUCAACCUGGAGAGGAGGAGCUGCCAGCCGGAGACUCUCCCCCAGGUUUGUCCUUGAACUUUGAUGCACUUGUCUCACAGUUAAGACUUGGCUUUUCCCAAUGCCAUUACAACAAAAUGGAGUGUUGGGACAUGGGGUGGAGUGUUAAAAAUUUUCCGUUUUAAUUUGGGAAAAAAUGUUAUGAUUAUUCACAUGCUUAUUUCAUAGAAAUUUGUUUCUGUAAUGUGAAAGUUAAUGCAGUAAAAGAAGAGCAUGUGUCUGAGAAAUUGAAUUAUACCAUCCUUGAUUUGUUUAUCAAUUAUGAUAUUAACACUUACAGUAACAGGCGCGUCUUUUUGCAGUGACCUACUUUUUCCCUAUGCCCCAAGCGCGUCUAUUUGCCUCAUAGAGGGGUAUCUAACUUAACACAAAAAACGAGAAUAGAACAUUUCACCCUACUCUAUUGCAGAAUGUUUAUUCGUUAGGGGAAUUGUCGCAUUUUAUUCUGCCUUUUAAAUUAUGAAAAUCAACCAAUUACUGAGUUUUGUUGUGCGAAUCUGUAUUUCAUGUUUGCAUGGCGCUACCUAGCGCUAUUUUUGAUUACCACUUACGCCCACUUGAUGAAACCUUUUGUUCUGAAACUAUUAUUGAGCUUUAAUUGGGAAUAGAUGAUUCUGGUGCUGAUGAGGGAGAUGGGGGUUAAAUUGUUGAAAGAAAUAGGCCUACUAUAGCUCAAAAUUUACGCCUACGGGAGCCUGUAGGUUUGAAAAGUUUUAGACUAGUGUCAACAUAGAAAUUGAUUUAGUAAGAUCGACUUGACACUGUGCUAGCCACACAAUCCCCUAGUGUGACAUUGCCAAUGAAAAGUUUGAACAAAACACAUUAGUAUUUUUAACACCCUUAUCCGUUACUGAACAGAUCAACAGAAAGGUUACAAAAUAAUUUGCAAACCUAUCAAAUUUUGGCUCAUUCCAAAGUAAUGCCUGGGCCACAGGGAAUAAUUAGCAAAAUAAUAGCUGGUACUGACACUAUACAUAGCAAAAAAAGUAGGUUGGUACCAGAAGAGUUAAAUAUUUAAUUUGAUUCAUUGCCUGGUGUAUUAAAAACUGAGAUGUCUAGAUCUACACUUUAAUUACUGUCAUUUUUUACAAUUCAUAUUUCUGUUGAGGCACUUUUUCCCAUUUUUAAAAAAAAUAGUUUUGAACGAGUGCACCAGGCUUAAAUUGUCUUCUCCAGAGCCACCGAUGGAAAUCUGCGAGGCCACCGUUGGUCAGUUGGUUGACAUGGGUUUCCCAAGAGAGGCCUGCAGGAAGGCAGUGUUUCACACCAAGAACCUUGGAGUCGAGGUGGCCAUGAACUGGGUCAUGGAACACAUGGAUGAUCCUGGUAGGUCUGCUCUCAUGAGAAUCAAAGGCGGAAGUUAAGGAAAUGGUUUGCGUUGUUGUUGUUUCAGAUGUUCAUGCAUAAUUUCUGCAUAUGCGUGGCUCUGAUUUUCAACACUGGCUCCCAAUUUGUUUCUCAUUAAGACUGUUGCAUGAUUCAGCAAAACUUAACUCUCCAUGAGACUCAAAUCCACCCAGAUAUUCUAUAUGAUUAAUAAGUGUUUUGUAAGUCCACAUCAAUAUCAAGAGCUUUUGCACUGAAAUUAAUUUUUGUGCAAAAAGAUGAAGAAAAAGUUUUUAUGUCAUAAAAUUCUUUGUAUACACAUCUAAUUUAAAGACAUGUUUUGCAUAUUUUGAGUGUAGUUUUUGUAGAAAUGUAUACAUUUAUUAAUUUUAAUAAAAACAAUAACAAAUCAAUAAUGAAAUUUAAAAUUAUUAUUAUAGUGUUUUAAAUUGAUCUAAAAUGCUUGUCACAAAGUAAACUUAAUUUUAAACUAAAGCUGUUGAGUGUGUGCAUAAAAUUGACUGUACCAUAAGGAAAAGUUAACUUUUCUUUUUGAUUAGGAUCUCUACUUGCCUUGUCACUCAACCAUCCCUUUGUCAUCCCUUUGUUUACCAGUGCUUUGACCAUGCAUGGAAGUGGUUCUAGUCUAAUGAUUCUUAUUCUCCACCCUUUACUCUCCAGAUUUUGCUGCUCCAUUUGUUAUCCCUCAGGGAGGCAGCAAAGCUCAGGGAUCCAGGGCUGUGUUUGAACCCAGCCAAGAGGGUCUUGGUCUCUUGAUGUCCAUGGGCUUCAGCAUUGACCAGGCUACAAAAGCAUUGAAAUCUACUGUAAGCCACAUAAGGCUGUAGCCCUGUCCUUUCCAAAACUAUUUUAAGGCUUUAUCCCAGUCCAACACUUUUUAUAAUUAAUUUCCCAAACUAUGCACAAAUCAAAUGAUAAAAUGUGCAUAUUUCCCAUAUCAUUGGGAUGCACUGAUUUUGAAUCACUUCGAUGGCACAGUGAUAUGUACCUCCUUCUUCUUCAAUUUUUAAUUUUUAAAAAAAAUUCAAUAUCAAUUUAAAAAUUAACUAUUAAUAUUAAAGCUCAUCCAGGUUUUUCUUAUGUAGAUUAAUUUUUCCGUUUUAUUUCAUUAUUAAAAAUUUGUAAAAUUUAGUUAUGUAAAGGUGUUUUUGCAUUAUUGGUACUAUUGCUUUAUCAUAAUUCAUACAUCUUAAUCAUCUUUAAAAGUUGUAUCACAUCAAAAUAGUUCAUAUCAAUUCCUUUUCUCCUGGCUGUUUGUCAAUCUAACUACCGGUAUAUCUUUAACAGUGGCUGCUAAAGAAUUUGUUAAUUUUGAAAUUUAAUGAGAAUAAAUUAAAUAACAGUUGAUGCCAUUUAUUUCCUUUCAGGACAACAAUACUGAGAGAGCUGUUGAUUGGAUAUUCAGCCAUGCCGAUGAUUUAACUGAAUCAAUGGAAACGGAAAGUUCAACUGAAGGUGGAUCCCAGGCAUCAAAGUUCAAGGAUGGUGCAGAGAGUAAGAUUUUUUUUUUUACACUAUUUAAUCUACAUUAUAUUUAAACUUUCAAAAGUUACCACUUAAUAUCCGCAUAGUGAAUUGAGUAUAAAAAACACCUAUCCACAUGAGUUUUUCCCCAAGUUCGUGAAAACUAAGACUAUAACUUUGUCAAGACUGACUAAAAUUAAAAGCACUAGGUUAAUUUAAAUACAGGAACGUGUUUCCACAACGGGAUAAUUAACAGAUGAAUAAACUGUAAUUACAUCUAUCUUGCUAUUAAUUUCAUCUUCUGUGUCCAUUUUUGGCAAAAUUUGAAGAAAAUCUGACUUUAAACAAGCUAUAAGUUGUUAUUCAUUCAUAUCUUCUAUAUCUUAAGGGCCCACGAUCAAUUUAUUGAUCAUUUUGGCUCCUAUGGGAAGCAUGUAAAUAUGUUAGAGUGUAUGCCUAGCUAAGGGGAGAACCUUCAUGAAAUUUUCUUGUUGGCUAUGUUAUGGGAUAUGAUCAAAUUUUUUAAAAACAGAGUAGCUUGCCCGUGGUUGCCGCCUUUUUUUUUUUUUUACCACCCUGGGUUGGUUCCAAAAUCAUGUUUCUUGUUUCUAAACUCAAUUCCAGAAAGCUAAGUAGGGUUAAUUAAAACAUACCCAAUAAAAUACUGUUUAAAAUAAAAUUUAUACUUUUACUCUUGAAUAAUUUCUGUCCUCUCAAUUCACGGUGACAUAAUCCGAUCCAGGUUUACUUAGCCAAGCCAUGACAAACACAAACGAUAUGAAAGUGGAAAUGAUAUGCACCAAUCAAUUAUGCUAGUUUCUUUCCAGAAAAAAAAUAAUUUUUCCCUGCGUGAUCAUACCUUCUUUAGACACAGAUUGGCUUUGUGUUGAUAGAAAGGUUGAAAUCAGUCACUAUAAAUUAACGCUGUACUUUUAGAUAUGUAUUAUAUCUCUUCAAUCUGACUUGGUAAUUAUCAGGAUUUGAGAAAAGCUCAACAGGUAUUAUUUGGUGAAACCAUCUUUUCGGAUUUGAACACUGGCAUCUGCAAACAUUGAUUGCUUUCCUAAUCUACUUCUCACAGAAUACAAACUGGUGGCCUUCAUCAGCCACAUGGGCACCUCUACAAGUGUGGGCCAUUAUGUGUGUCAUAUACUCAAGGAUGGUCAGUGGGUUAUAUACAAUGACGAGAAAGUGGCACUCUCAGAGCACCCCCCUAAAGACCUUGCCUAUCUAUACCUGUACCAGAGAUCAGUCUGAGGCUGCUGUAUUUAAACUUCAAUAUAUUUGGUAGACCAUGGAUAUGAUUAUUUCAGAUUUGUAUGAAUAGUUUAAUCUAAUUUGAUAAAUAUUGCCGGAGCUCAGCUGGAAUAACAGACAUUAUAUAAAGGGUUUAGCAUGUUUUAUACUUUUAUUUAGGAAAAUUUUCAAUUUUUCUAUGUACUCUAAAAAAUCUUAUUUCCUAAACUUUGGACCCCCCCAUUUUUAUUUAAUAAGGCCUUAAUUUUGCUACUUACACAGAGAUAUCAUGUGUGGAUUGGUAUUAACCAGAGGUGUUAUGUGUUGCAUGAGAACAAUUGAACAGUCUAUUUGAAGUCAUGAUCUAUGUUAUUUCAAAAGUGACAUAUUUGACUACAGACAGCCACAGUUUUAAUUUAACGUGGUAGUUUAUUCUUUGAUCAGCUGACUUCAGGCACGUAGUUUGACAUGCAACAUCAGAUCACAAUUUGUCAUCAGAUGGUUGGGUUGUGGAGUCUGAAGAUAUGUAAUUCAUUUUAGCGUUUGUAUUUAGGCCAGGGUUAAGUAAUGUAAUUGAGGGGGAAAUUAUUUGUUUGAAUAGUGAAACACUAUAAAAUAUCAUUGUUUUUUUUUCAGGUAUUUUUGGAGUCUGGAAAUAUUUAAUGAUACUACCCCC